GGUAUCCUUACCUUGCCUUGGUCGUUUUCCUGGCUUGCUUGCUUGCUUGCUUGUCCGAGCUUCCUCCACUCGUAGCUUCACCCAAGCCAUUCCGUCAUCCUAAUCCUCCACAAUCCACCUUCAUCAGGUGACCCAACCUAUCACGAACAUCAACUAGCAACGACGUACUUGCAUUGAAUCAAGACCUUUGGCACUCAUUAAUCGAUUCCCAUCCUGUCCUCGAACUGCGGUCGUCCGCUUGCCAACAUUAUGGCGCUGGAUCCUCCUACGUACCUAGCCUCGCUGCAAAACAACAUCCGCCAGCGGCCCAUACCCUGGGAUGGCGCCGUUCGGACGGGCGUCUUGACUGAGGAGCAGCUGGCAAAGACUCGCGCCGUUGAGAAGCCAAACAGGGAAGCGCGCAAGCAGACCGUUGAAGCCGAUCUCGAUGGCUACCGUGCCCUUUUUGUCGGGGAGCCGGGUCGACCCAGCGUGCUUGAAUCUUCCAACAAACCCAUCGUUCAGUACCUGCUAGUCCUACUUAGCGAUUUACUAGACUGCGUGCCGACACUCUCAAAGGCCCUCUUCAAAGACUCCGACCCUUACCGGCAACUGCUGCCGCUCCUGGCCCAAUCUUCCAGCCCAGAGGACCCGAUCCCACUCCUCACAUCACAUGUACUCGUCAACUUGAUCGCCGGUUCGCGAGACGAGUCGGACCUCACAUUGCAGAAAGCGCUGCCUGUUAUCCUGAGCUACCUGUCGACCCUUACUAAGAGCUCUGACGCCGGGCUACAGGACAUUGGAGUCCAGGAAUACUCGACGGUCUUGUUUGGCAGCAAAUCCCGGCGCCAAUUUUGGGCACAGAGAAGUGAGACUGUGGCGCCGUUGAUCAACAUCUUGCGCGCCGCUGCGGGGUCUUCCAAUGGUGAGGCAAACGGUAUCCGUGCUGGAAGCUUGAGGGGAGGUCCCGUCGAGGGCUCCAUUGGCGGUGGCGUUGGGCUGCAACUUCUCUACCAUGUCCUCCUCGUCAUGUGGCAGCUGUCUUUCGAGGCUGAGGAGGUCGGUUGCGACCUGGAUGAGGAGUACAACAUCAUACAGCUCUACACCCAGCUUCUCAAGCUUUCGCCCAAGGAAAAGACUACUCGACUUAUCGUUUCGACUCUUUACAACCUUCUCUCGGCCAAUCGGACUAACUUGUUGCCAGUGGCCUCGUUUGCCCGUCUACCAUCCCUACUCUCCAACAUAACCUCGAGGCAACUCACAGACCCAGAUCUACAGGAGGAUCUGCAGAGCUUGAAGGACAUGAUGGACGAAUACACGGCAACCAAGACGACCUUUGACGAGUACGUGGCCGAGGUCACAAAUGGGCAUUUGCGAUGGUCUCCACCACACCGUAGCCAGACUUUCUGGGCAGAGAACGCCCGGCGCAUCCUGGACGAGAACAACGGCGGGGUAGUGCGGCAGCUGGCAGAGAUCAUGAAGAAGCCUUGGGACAAUGACAAGCAGGUUCUGGCCAUUGCAUGCAAUGACAUUGGCGCUCUGGUUCGCGAGGUGCCCGAGAAACGAGGUCAACUGGAGAGGCUUGGUCUCAAGACGCGCAUCAUGGAGCUCAUGGGUGAGGCGGAUGAGAAUGUGAGAUGGGAGAGUCUGAAGGCAUUGGGCGGAUGGCUGAAGUACAGCUUUGAGAAUAACAAAUAGCCGGUUAUUUUUGUGUAGAAAUGGGGUAUUUUAUGGUAUCUACAGCUGCGACACUCACUGGUGAACCUGUUGACCAGUUGAUUGAUCGUAUAUAGGUUACGUAGGGAAGCAUUGGAUUGGGGCCACUAGACCGAUAUCAUACCGAUGAUCGGUCUAGUUAGAAUCGCGACGCUGGUAGCCGGUUAUUUUUAAACUGUUUUCACUGCA